GGCGCGCGCCGCAGGGAGGAGCGGGGCGGACGCGGAGCCGUGGUUAGUCUCGCGGGGAGGUCGUGAGCGCGUGAGGUAUCCCUUGCAGUGUCGCGCGCAGGUAGCUGCAGCAGCAGGAGCAGUAGCCGCCGUGUGAGGGAGCCAUGAAGCACUCUGAGGUGGAGAUUCUGGAUGCAAAGACGCGGGAGAAGCUGUGCUUCCUGGACAAGGUGGAGCCCCAAGCCACCAUUGCCGAGAUCAAGAACCUUUUCACCAAGACCCACCCACAGUGGUACCCCGCCCGCCAGUCGCUCCGCCUGGACCCCAAGGGCAAGUCACUGAAGGAUGAGGACAUUCUGCAGAAGCUGCCCGUGGGCACCACGGCCACUCUCUACUUCCGGGACCUGGGGGCCCAGAUCAGCUGGGUAACGGUCUUCCUGACAGAGUACGCCGGGCCCCUUUUCAUCUAUCUGCUCUUCUACUUCCGGGUGCCCUUCAUCUAUGGCCACAAAUAUGACUUCACGUCCAGUCGGCACACGGUGGUACACCUCGCCUGCAUCUGCCACUCAUUCCAUUACAUCAAGCGCCUGCUGGAGACGCUCUUCGUGCACCGCUUCUCCCACGGCACCAUGCCCUUGCGCAACAUCUUCAAGAACUGCACCUACUACUGGGGCUUCGCCGCGUGGAUGGCCUAUUACAUCAACCACCCUCUCUACACGCCCCCCACUUACGGAGCUCAGCAGGUUAAACUGGCGCUCGCCAUCUUCGUGAUCUGCCAGCUCGGCAACUUCUCCAUCCACAUGGCCCUGCGGGACCUGCGGCCAGCUGGGUCUAAGACCAGGAAGAUCCCAUACCCCACCAAGAACCCCUUCACGUGGCUCUUCCUGCUGGUGUCCUGCCCCAAUUACACCUACGAGGUGGGGUCCUGGAUUGGCUUUGCCAUCAUGACACAGUGUGUCCCAGUGGCCCUCUUCUCCCUGGUGGGCUUCACCCAGAUGACCAUCUGGGCCAAGGGCAAGCACCGCAGCUACCUGAAGGAGUUCCGAGACUACCCGCCCCUGCGCAUGCCCAUCAUCCCCUUCCUGCUCUGAAUGGCUCCCCCUCACCCGGGCUCAGCCAAGCCAGGCUCGUGUCCCCCCCGCCCCAGUGUCAUUCUGGGCGAGGAGUGGGAACCACUGCUCUCCAGCGUCUGGAAUAAAACCUGCCUGCCCAGCUGGA